CGUGCAUCUGAUAUCAACGUUCCGAUACGCUUCGUUCUCCCGCUUCUUCUCCAAUCGCACUCUGCGCCUUAGACCCUAAUAAAACCCUAAUCGCGAAAUCCUAAAGCGAGAGCGCCAUGGACGAGUCCAAGAAGCGCGUCCCCCACUUGCCAUGGAUGCGAAACCCCGUCGACAUUGAUCUCUUUGACGAGCGUCCCCUCUCGCUUCUUCCUCAUCUCGAUCGCAGGUUGGAGGUGGCCUUGCGGAAGAUGAAUAUCGAAUCGCUAUUUCCUGUACAAGUAGCAGUGUGGCAAGAAACAAUUGGGCCUGGUGCUUUUGAACGAGAUAUUUGCGUCAACUCUCCGACGGGAAGUGGCAAGACUCUAUCUUAUGCCUUGCCAAUCGUGCAAGCGCUAGCGUCUCGGAAAAUAAGAUGUCUACGUGCGUUAGUAGUUUUGCCCACGCGAGACUUAGCUUUGCAGGUUAAAGAAGUUUUUGAUGCUAUUGCGCCUGCUGUGGGUUUACGUGUGGGCUCAGCAGUGGGCCAAACAUCAAUUGCAGAUGAAAUUUCGGAACUCAUUCAAAGGCCUAACUUAGAGAUUCAUGCAACCCUCGAUCCUGAAUAUAUACAAAUGGAACCACGAACUUCGGUGGAUAUAUUAGUGGCUACUCCUGGAAGGCUGAUGGAUCAUAUUAACAUGACAAAGGGUUUUAGUCUCGAGCAUCUUCGCUAUCUGGUUGUUGAUGAAACAGAUCGAUUGUUAAGAGAGGCCUAUCAGUCCUGGCUGCCAACCGUCAUUCAACUUACUUGCUCGACUGAUCAAGAAAUGCUCAGCCAUGAAACUGUUGACCCCGCUUUUCUUGGUUCCUUAAUUACCGUUAGGAGAUCAGGUGUCGAACGGGGUUUUAAAGGUAAGCGUUACCCAAGGCUAGUGAAAAUGAUUUUGUCUGCUACAUUGACUCAAGAUCCUAGCAAGAUUUCUCAACUUGACUUGCAUCAUCCUCUAUUGUUGACAAGCGGAAAUAAGCGCUACAGACUACCUGAAUUACUGGUUUCUUAUAAGCUGAUUUGUAAUUCAAAACUCAAGCCAUUGUACUUAGUUGCUCUCCUUCAAGAGUUGAAAGGGGAGAAGUGCAUUGUUUUUACAUCCUCUGUCGAAUCAACUCACAGGCUGAGCACUUUAUUGAAGUUCCUUGGAGAAUUACCAUUUCAAUUUAGCGAAUAUUCACGCCUGCAGCGUCAAUCUGUUCGGAGCAAAACAUUGAAGGCCUUUAGAGAAGGGAAGCUAGAAGUGCUUAUUGCAACAGAUGCAAUGACUCGAGGAAUGGAUGUCGAAGGGAUAAGAAAUGUCAUAAAUUAUGAUAUGCCGCCGUAUGUGAAGACAUACAUACACCGAGCAGGCCGCACUGCAAGAGCAGGACAGUCCGGUCGCUGCUUUACUCUGCUAAGAAAACAUGAAGUGAAACGUUUUGAUUCGAUGCUUAAGAAGGCGGAUGAUAAUUCCUGUACUCUUCAUUCUCUGCCUGCUGAUUCAAUAGAAAGCCUUCUUCCUAUUUAUUCUUCUGCACUGGAGAAGCUGAAAGAGUUUGUGGAAUCGGAAGCGAGGAGGAAAUCCAGCAUAGGUUUCAAAUCUGCAAAAGGAAACAAAAGAAAGAGAACUACCCACAAAGUGGAGUAGAUCCAAGUUCGAGGGGGAAUUAUCAGACUGUUUUUCAAGUGAAACUCCAAGAACCAGUUUCAUAAAAGUUAAGCUUGACGCUUUGGUGUCGAUGCUGCGUGACACGAGUAAAGAAGUCGAGAAUACGUGUCCAUAAUAUCAUCGACUCAGGCUACCUGCAGGUUCUCAUUAUGAGGAACUAUUUGGCGUCUACCUGUGGGUUCUCAUUUUGAUCAACUAUUCAACAAAUUGAAAGUAUUAUGGUGAAAUUUUUGCCCAUUACCUGUUGUUCUUGGUUCAACUAGUUUAUCUCAGAGGGAUCUCUUCGGAGUUUGCGCGAUGCGCUACGCAAGUAGACACGGUUUGUCGGAGUUGGAGUAGCUGAUCGACGGCUGAGAUUGCAUCAAUCUUGAAAUCACUGGUUACUGUUUAUGAUUCGAGUGAGUUUUGGCAAUUUAAUAAAAUAUCUGGAGUGUAAUUAUGAGGAAUGUUUUCAAUGGAGAAGAUAGAACAUUGAUCUACGUAGCAAGCAAUAUAGAACUGCUUGAUGAUUAUUUUUUGUAA